UGUGGUGUAGCAGGUAGGCCAGUUGGCAACAGACAGUCGAUCGGUGCGUUUGGUCGUGCGCGCGUGAGCCAGUAAACGCGUGUUCGUGUUUCCGUCGUACGCAGCUGCCCUCCGGAGAAGAGCGAGACGCGCUUGCGGCGGUUUGCGUCGCGUCGCGUCGUCUCGCGUCGCGUCGCAUCCCGUCGAGUCCGCGGGUGCCGUCGGUCUCCCCUUGAGGGGCAAUCGUGAGAUCCGAGCGACGCUGCGUCAACGAACAGGCGGCGCGGCUGCCAUGGGGCCCGAAGACGGGAUCAUUUGACCCACGGGAGCGACUCCAGGCUCGGUGGGAUCGUCGCGCUGCCUCGACUGAGAGCUGCGAAUCGGUAUGCACUGUCUAGGUGCGGUGACGGCUGGCACGUCCAGCCCGAACGGGGUUGGCGGCCGGGAUGGUACUCUUAGCGUGUUUCGAGCCCUUGGAGUCCUAGUGUGCGAAGGGAGAAUCCAGGGCCCUCCGCGUGGCUACAAAGAGGGCCCGCACUGCGCACCGCCUAUGCAGGCGGUCCCGAACGAUCACGUGUGCGAGGAGACCAACUAUUUGUGCGAUCGAUACUUGGUACUAAUUCGGGAGAUCGCGGAGCGCAUCGCCACCGGCUCGUACCUGUGCGUCGAGGUGCUCCUGUGCAGUGAUUGUCCGUGCGGUUUGGCCAAGUCUACGAGCAAGUAUCCCGUUUGCCCCGUGCCGUCCUUGUCCAUCUCAUCAUGGCAGCACACGUCGGACGUAUUACUGGAGUACUGGUGUAUUUCCAUUGUCCCGAGCAAGAGUCCAGAAACGAUGAAUUAUCAAGGGUUGUACCAGGCGGUUCGCUCACGGCUGCACUUCAGUCAGGUCGCGGCGUGGUGGUCGCGCAGCAACGGUGCGGAGCCGAGUUACAUUGCCACUCGUAUCGUGCCACACAACGAAGACAAUCUCAGAAAGUUUCGGGAGACACCGGUGGAGCACACCUUUCCUUUGGCUGGUAACGGCGACGGGAAUUCUAUCAAGAUCACCGUUUGGGCAUUGCCGCGAAUGGAGGAGGUGCCGGUGCUGAUGUGCUCGUUGCACCCGAAGAAGGAGAAAGACGAGGAGGAUAUCGCGAGGGCGUUGACACCUACUAAGAAUAUUCCGGUGCCUGUUGCGCCGCAGAAUCCUCCCGACCUUGUUUUGCCUGCUCUGGUGGAUGACAGGCUGCAAACAUCCUGCAACAAGUCCGGCAAGCACCAUUGUCACUGCGAAGAGGAAGACGCGUCCCCUCUGUCACCCACCAUCAGGUCCAACAGCGAACGGAAACGUCGCCGGUCGCUCCCCUGCGGCCCGGCGGAGAACUUCUGCGUGACCUUACAGCCGGUGCCGGUGCCGAUGCCGUCCCUCCAAGAAUCCAUCCUGCAGGAGACGAAGGAUAACGUGAGAGGCAGCACCGAGAUGGCGAAUAACCGCAGCGCGAUGCGGGCGCUUCAGAACAAGUCGGAGGGCAGAGACGAGGUGAGGACCCGUAACAAUCUCAACUCGGAUCACCUGGAGCGCUGCUUCAAGACGCAGCUGAACAUCGAGGAUCGCGACAGCAGCCUGGAGAAGCGUUGCAAGCGUACGACGGAGAUGGCCGAGAUUGCCAAUCCCAAGACCAACGUCAACAGGAUCGAGGAAAGCUACAAUAAUUCCAGCAAGGGCUCGAUCAAUCCCGGCAAAGGGUCCAACAGCUCGUCCGAGAGCAAAGCCGCGGGAUUGAGGGGCGCGCUGCUGGAGAAUCUCGGCCCGUUCCCUCAGCUGCCAUCCGGGCUGUCCUGGUCCUUCGUCUCUUCUUGGCAAAACAGCAACAUGAACAGCAAGUUUCAGAGCUUCUGCGGCGCGAAAGAGGCGCGCUUCAGCGACUCCGAGAGGAGUUACAAGCCACCGAUCACCAAGGACACCAACGUCGCGAUCGACCCCUACGCUCAGCCCAACCCUUUUCACGAGUCGAACCCUGGGCCCUCGACGUAUAAUAAUGUAUACUGCCGCAAGGUGGACAAUUCCGCUUGCACCGUACACCAGAGCUGCUUCAAGAACGUCAAUAAGACUGCUUCGGCGGAGGCGGUGUCGACCGGUCAGGAUGCGCUGGAGGCCAACCAAAAUAAGGAAGACAAUACCGCCAAAGGCCGAGGGCGAGCUGGCAAGGAGUUCAGCCACCUCAUGUGGAAACUGUCGUUUCCAAACGAGAAAGACAAGCAGGAGGAGGGUGGGAUCCUGGAAUGGUUCAGCAAAGUGCCCGGUAGAGUGCUGGGCGUCACGGCCGCGAAGGGUUACGUCGACAACAGCAAGGUGAAGGGCUGCAUGAGGCAGCCGGAGCAUCAUCAAGGUACCAACGAGAUCAAGUUCAAGAACUGCAAUCUGGAGCUGAGUCCGCGGGAGGUGAACGAGGUGUUGGCGGUGCUGCGUGCCAGGACACCGUCAGGUCGUCGGAAGACCACCCUGAAGAACGUGAAGAAACGGGAACGGUCCGAGAAGGCUGGCGAAGAGGGAGCGGCGAUGGAGAAGUUGUCGCCGAGAUGCGCGAGUUCGGAGAGCGCGAACCUAGCGGCGAAUCGCGUCAAGUCUAGCGAGCUCUACGACGGCAAGAGGCUGUACAAGAGGAUAGACUAUCCGGCGGGCGAGCCGGCCGCCGCCGCUCUCGACCGGGUCUAUUACGACAAGAACGUCUAUCAGCCCGCGCACUUAAAGUUCGCCGAGCCGAACAGGUGGCACGAGGAGCCGCAGGUGCCGGGGGCGUGCGCGAACGGUGACGUGGAGCGCUUGCGGAACGUCUCCAACAAGGCGGACGUAUUGCUCGGGGCGAUCCUGCGGAACGGCAGCAGGGACCGGAACGGUCAGACGUUGGACGCUUCAAACGGGACCAGACCGAGGUUGACGACUAGUAUUGACGACGACGAGAGCGAUGACUGUCGCGCGAGCCUCGAGAAGCUCGACCAGGACCACAGAACCGCCUGUGCCGUCAACGACGACAAGUCCUUGCCGCUCGUGGUGAACAAACGAUUUAACAAGAUCCGGCAGCUGUUUAAGAGGGACGAGGACAACAGGAGGACCAGUACGACGGACGAGAGCUCCGUCUCGCUGGAGCGGGAGCACCCGUCGGCGCGAUGCUCCAGCCCGGCGUCGUCGCGCUACAACAACGAACAGCCGGCGAAUCUGCACAACUCCGCGAGGAGCAAGACGAAGCGGCGAAUCGACUUCGCGAAUGUUCCGGAGGCCGCCGACAAGAAGGGGCCGGCGACUCCAGGGCUCAGUACAAAAGACGCACAUCAAAAGCCACCGAUACAUAGUACAAAUAAUAUCGACGAUCGCGAGCGCGAUUCCGCGGGCCUAAAUCGCCAGGGCAACUGUGAUCGGCUACUCGCAGACGCGAGGGAGCUCGCCGGAGACGACGACGUGAACGCGAGGGACACCGCCGUCUCGAAGAACAAUCUGACCGCUGCGACCAUCCUGCAGAACGGCCAUUCGUCUUCCAAGGUGCGGAACAACAAUAAUCACAAGGACGGCGUCGCCGAGGACGACGAGACCGUCGACAGGGGCGUGCCGUCCGCCCUCGAGCAGGAGAGAUUCCGCCGGUCGCUGGAGAACGCGGCGUCGAUGGUGUUUCACAGCAGGACCGGCCUGCCGUUGACCUCCAGCCCAGCACCGCUCAGGAGAGGCAGCUGUUGCUUUGAUUACGACAGCAGCUUGAAUUCUGUCUCGUCUAAAAGAAGCGCGCUGUUUGAGCUGAAUACUCCUCCGAGUCCGGGCGCGGUGUCGCUGGAGGAGACUGAUCGCGAGACGGAAAACGCUGGCGAGGGUGAGGAGACAUCCAGAAGACGGUCAAGCUCCCGCCACCGGCCGCAGAGUCACGCUCUUCUAGGCAGCUUCGAAGAGUCGGCAUUGAACGGCAGACUCGAACCGGUGUCCACCGUUCAUGGCUUUACGGCGGAGCUCGGUGCCAGCGGUUCUUUCUGUCCGAAGCAUCAGAAACUUCCAGUCACCGUGUUCUUCUACACGCUCGGUGACAACGACAAAGUCUCCACGCCAUACCUUGCUCACAUUAACUUGGAGAAGAAAGGCUAUCAGGUGCCGAGGAGCGGUACCAUCCAAGUGACCCUUCUCAAUCCACUCGGUACAGUCGUGAAGAUGUUCGUAGUACUUUACGAUCUUUCCGACAUGCCGUCGCGAUCUCAUACUUUUUUACGUCAAAGAACACUGCGGGACAAAACACUGCGCUACCUCGUUCACCUUAGAUUUAUGUCCAGCAAGUCAGGUCGAAUUUAUCUACAUACGGACAUCCGUAUGAUCAUCUGCCGCAAGUCCGACGUGGACACGGCGUCGGACUUCGGCUCGGAGCCGCCGAAGGAACUCAGGAGCUACAUCCACGGCCCUACGAAUCCGAAAUUUUCGCCAAGGUGCUGAGCCACGUGGUUCUUCCCAUGGGGCUGCUGCCAAUCGUUCCGCCCGCCUAGUCCCCUUCACGUCGAGGUGUGAUCGACGCGCGUUGCGAUUCAAAAAGAACGAUUCAAAAAGAACAAGGGAAAACAUUUCUGAGCCGAGUUCUCUUCUUUCCAAGUCACGUCGGCGACCGACGACCAUCGCGUCGUUCUGGAGAGACAUUGUAGUCGGAAUGUUCUUGUAAUUUACUUUUAAUUUACAUCGAACGUUGCUCCCGAGAUCCCUCGGAAAACACCGGGAGUAGAAGUGGGUGUGUACAAGCACGUUAACUCGCUCGAGAGACAAUUGUGAUAAUGCCCAAACAAAAGAUGCAGACCAGAUUUGACGAAAUGAUCAUUGAAUUGGUUCUUUUCGGUUGAUUUCGGAUCGCAAAGGAUUCGCGGCCGAGGAUCGAGAAAAAGAGAGAGAGAGGGGGGGGGGAAGAGAGAAAGAAAGAAUCUGAUGGAACCGUACGAAGGAUGGAUUAACCGUUCAUGUUGGAACAAUAAUUUAUUAUUGUUUGAAAUUAUAUAUAAUUUUUAUAAUACGUAGUACUAUAAGAUUAUAUAAUUGUAUCAUAUGAUUACGUUUUUUUUUCCCCAUAAAAAAUAACUGGCUAACGUUCGUAGGGCGAAGAUUACGUUCUUUGCACAUUGCGAGCGCGCGCACGGCGAAGAGUUAAGUUAGAGAGUGAAGUCCUCUGAUUUGGCCAUUGAGUUUUCCAACAUGACCGGUCCGAUUGAAAUCGACGCGAAAUCGCGAUUACACUUCCGCUUCGGGGUGUCACUUUGAUCUAUGGUUCGCGCUUGCAGUAUAGAAUGCCGCACGUGUGCGUCACGUACUCCGCACGAGAUCUCUCAUUUCAAAUUAGUCCUUGCACCGUAGAACCGUACAUUGGUGUUUUUCCGAUUGGACAAUUCCGUUUUACAUGUUGUAUACAGCCGAUUGGUCUUUCCGUUUGAUCCGUCAACAAUCGUGAUUCGUAAUCGGAAAUCGGUCAGUCAAUUCGGAGCGCGCACCACUAGAGGGAUUACGUCGACGUUUCCUUUUUCCUUUUCUUUCUUUGUCCAGCGUUUAUAUUGUAAUCGCUACACUAUAGUGCAUGCCGCUAACCAUUACAUUUACGGAGUUUAUCGCAGGCUGGACGAUCUCUCGUUGGGAGGCCAUUUUUUCUCAACUUAUAUUGCUGUAAAUAUAGUCACAGGCGUAGAAAGCGAGUAAGAGAGUUUUUAAGCGGGAUGAUACUGCCAUUGUGUGUGUAGCACCCUACGUUUAAAACGAUAAAAACAAGUGAUACAUAUAUAAGCGCGUAAAAACAGGUUGGCGUGUCCGGUCGCCCGUUGUACAUACACGUGCUGAGUGUGAAGAUCGAAACCGUACACGUCAAAGAUAUCGCCACACGUGUGCGGUGAAGAGUACAAAGUUAUUUGUGCGCUACUUGCGACCAAGAAAGAACCCUUUCGGAUAGACGUUCUUUUCUCUUGUGUUUCCUCAAAUUUUCCGUUUGUCAGACUCAUUUCACGAUUGAGACCUUGCCGCAGGCGAGUGCGAGUGUAACGCGAGCGACCGGAACCGGCGAGUUUUUCCGUGGAGGAAGUAACAAAAAAUAUUAUUUACACAUAUAUAAUCGUAUAUAUAUGUGUAUAGAUAUGUAUAUAUGUGCACAUAUAUGUACGUGUGUGCACAUAUAUGUAUAUAUACAUAUAUAUACAUAUAUGUAUAUAUAUAUAUGAAUAUGAACACAAUCUUUGUGUCCGUAGCACUGUGAUGAAUAUUUUGAUAGACUAUAAAAAGAGUAAUUAUUAUUAUUACAGAAUAACUAUUUCCGAGUAGUAAACAUUGAUAGAGACGUAGAUUUAAACGAUUCGAUUAACAUGUCGUGCGAAAAGAGAAGAAAAAGAACAAGUGUAACCGUGCGUAAUUUACUAACUAGCAGCAAAGUCGCGACUCUGAGUCCAGCUUCAGAGACGUACGAACGAGACACACUCCAGUUUUCCCUUUAUUUUUCUAUGGAGCGUUAGAGACGAACGACACGCGGAAAAAGAGAUGCUAAUAAACGUUAGGAGAGUUUAGGUUUUGGGUCUUUCAGCGAUAAAAGAAUCUAGAUUAGGACUCCGAAGGUCGGCAACGAGUAAUUUCAGUGUCACAAUAUCGUCGAGUCGCGCCCGUUUUGCGGGCGAGAGAACACGUGAAGAAGAAAGAAAAUAAUAAAGUUUCGUUAUAUCACUUGCGCCACUCUCGCCGUGAUUUCUGCGAAGGCAGAAGACUUCGACUGUCCCGAUAAUCAUACGACGAUUCCGAUUUGACGGACAGAUCUUACGAGGCGUACGAGGUGUAUUUUUCGCAAAAUCGAUCGUCCGGGCUCGAAUUAUUCAUUGCGAGAGGUAACUGGAUGUGCACGCGCGCAGGAGAGAGUUGCUGUACGUGUACGAAGGAAUACCGUCAAUUGUGACUUUCUGGACGGAACAAUUGAACGUUCGUAUAUACGCAUAUAGCAAUCAAAGGCAUAAUAACCGCAUGUACAUACAUGUAAUUUCGGCCGUGAGAAUGCAGCUGGGUGUCCGUUCCCUUUUUAUCUUGACAUUGUAUUCGUUUUAUCUUAUCGUUUUUAUAUACGCAAAUAGGAACGACGAACACCACUUACGGGCGAUCUCGAGUUAAAUCGACUCGGGUAUAUUUUCCUCGUCUCGAUAGGUGCUGAAAUCUUUCGCAAGGACGCCAGGAGAUUUUAUCGCCCGAUACGUUUUACACGUCUCAUUAGUCCCCCUCUCUCUCUCUCUCUCUCUCUCUCUCUCUCUCUCUCUCUCUCUCUCUCUCUCUCUCUCUCUCUCUCUCUCUCUCUUUCUCUCUUUUCCCAACAGACGAGCUCAUUACAAUUGAAAUCUCCCUCCUCGCUGUCGCAAUGACCGUCGCCGAUGCGUUGCGCAAUCGGCGUGCCUUCGCGCGCUCGUAAAACUCGCUCUGGCCGGUCUAUAAUUCGCGCUGGAAUUCAGGCCGGGAUUCUGUCUGUGAGAAAAUUCGAUGAAUCCCAAGUGCACCGGCGGACACGUGCGUGACACAAUGCCAUGAGGCUUCGGGUGUUUUCCGGGUGUUGUACGGCACACAAAAUCGCAAAUAGAAUUCUGCCCCGAAUUCCGUCGCGAUUUAUAGAUCGUCCGCGGCGAGAGCUCGAGAGAGAUCGCUGGCGGAGGAAGGAAAUCGAUUUCUCUCGCUGUUUCUUCGCCGCUCGACCCACCGUGAGAUCGAUUCCCAUGUUUAUUUCUGAUAACACAUGCGCCCGAAUUCUUAUCUUAAUUCGCGCGUUAUUUUUAUCGCGCGGCCACAAGAAGGAUGCUCGCGCGCGUCGUCGUCGUCUCCGUCGGACGUGCCUCUCGGUGGGACGACGAGCGCGCGAGGUUCGCGUAUCCUUUUCGUAUAUCUCGCCAGGUCGACUCGCUAAAUGUCGACACGUCUUUUCGACGGACCUUCCGAGAGACAUUGUACAGAGCAAAAGGUCGAGAAAAGUAUUCGCGCCGUUCGACGAGGACGACUGUAAACACACAGACACGCGUACACACCUAGACCGUUGUUAAGAUAUAUCUUUCCGACGUUUUCUUCUUUCUUUUUUGAGAAAUAAAGUAGAGUGUCGAGAUUAUAAUCGUCCUGUCGUCAAUCGAUCGUUCGAGAUUCGAGUCCGAGUCUCGGCUCGCAGCGGCACGAUUUCGAGCAGUGAGAAUAUCGUAGCGCACGUAGCGAAUGGCAUGGAUAUGUGUAAUCAUUGCCGUGUUCGUUGUAUAUUUAAUCAUUUUAAUCAUCAUGCGGGACGAGACGAGCGCAGGAGAACCAGCUGAUCUCAGCGCCGGAAUGUCAGUGGGCGCUUUAUCGGCGAUCCGAAAGAAUGGUGAGUCGGUAUCGAGGAAUAUUCCUGAGCGAUGAGGACAUGGCGAAGCAACGCACAUUCCUCACGAACGCAAGGGGGUCGCGACACCAAAUGGCAAAGCGUAAGCAGUGGGACUCGAGAGGAAAUGAUUAUAUAUCGAUAAGCAGAUCGACCAAUCACUGUCGAGAAUUUUAACACGAUGCACGGAAGAAGAGAUGUCAGUUUGACUGAGCACACAAAAAUUGGGAAAUGAUAUAUUGUCUUUGUUACCGCGAAGGGAUAAAAUUCAUUCCAACAUUUGAUUUAGACUAUCGAGGACAUUUACCUGGUCGGGAAUCUCUUUCCACUCUUGCAGUCGAAUUUCCCACUCGAUCCUUAUCCUUCCCAGGCAACGGGAAGUUUACUCGCGCCAACGGAAUUAUGUUUCCCGCAAAUUCUCGACCGCGACUGCGGCUGAUUCGCUUUCUGCUCGAGUUUCACCGCUUCUGUUUUUUCUAUGCGCCACCCGCUCGGCAUCUACAGGGGAUGGCAACGUUUUUUUAUUCUCUCGUAAACGACAAACUUGUUGAAACCGGCAUCAGCACCGGAUAUGAUCGCGGCGGCAAUUUGUCACACGCCUUCUCAAGCGACCAUUCCGUGACGAUUGUAAACGAUUUUAGGUGUACAUAGAUUCCCCUCCGAAAGUCUUCUCUCGCUGGAGAAGCGGCGAGCGAGCACACCAAACGAUAUGUGUGCAGAGACCGAAAGGGAGAAAAAGAGGAAAGUAGGGGAUACGAGCAAGGUACCUCUGAUCAAGUGCGAUCCCGUCGGCGUCGUCCCUCCUUCUCCACCUCCUCCUUUCUUAGAUUAUCAAUUCUACGUAUUAUUACGCAGGUAGAGAGCGGCAGCCGAGGUUUGAGUUUGUCGAGUUUAGCAAGUUAGGGCGUUGCAAAAUAAAGACUCGUUUGGGGAUGAAUACACCCGGCUGGUUGUUGUGGCCCAUCGACUUCUAAGCCGACCGUUACCUUCGACGCGCCAUUUUGCCGGACGUUUGAAUCCGAUCCGCCGAGAGCGCGAUCGAAGGUGCAGAUGUGCUCCGUCGGUAAGACGACUUUACCGACCGACGCGGCAGUCGUCAGUUGGCGGGAGAGUCCGCGGCGCGGCAGUCGCUUCCUCGUCGGAAAUGCUUGGCGAGCAGCGCCGACUUGGCGCUCCCGCUGGGCUCACUUUCUCCGUGACUACGCGCGCGCGUCACACGCAUUCAUAUGCGUGCGCGACAGUUAGUGACAGUGACGAGCUAUCGGAGGUGGUAUCGCGCGAGUUCGCAACACGCUCCACACCCGUCUCGUAGCGUCGUCGGCUGGUCGGACGGCUGACGAGAGAGCGGUACGUAGUAGACGCGAAUAUAAACGACUCCGUCGAGGGAACCCUCCGUCGUUGGCGACGAGAACACACCGCUCUAUUCCUCUCUCUCAUCCUCUCUCUUUCUCUCUCUCUCUCUCUAUCUAUCUAUCUAUCUAUCUAUCUAGCUGUCCCUCUCGCGAGUGUCGCGGUGCGCGGUGAUACUCGGCGAUAUCGCCGUGUGCCCGUCGAAGCCGAGAUACAUCCGGUGCGGCCUCUCGCUCCUCGGCGAGACUCGUCCAGCUCGGCGGAACCGUUGGGCGUGUGUCGUAUGGAAGAAAGACGGUCGGCGGACUCACGCGCGCAUGCGAGGACCGACGGAUACGCACAGGAAGGGCUCUGGCUUUUGACGGAUCCGUGACUCGCGCCUGCAAUGGCGACGGCGCCUCCGCCUGCUGGCUUGCCUACUUUCUAAGCUGCGUUUUGGUGAGAGGUGUCGAUCGCGCGCGGCCUGAUCUCGCGUCUGUCUCUCUCUCUCUCUCUCUCCUUCCUCGCCCAUUCUCUCGGUCUUCGCCUCUUCUUAUCUCUUUCUCUCUCUCUCUCUCGCUCUCUCUGUAUCUCGCUCUUCUCGCGUUCCUACGCGCGCACGCACCUAAGGACUCACACGUACAUACACGCACGCGCGCGCGCUCGCGUCCAUAGAGAGGACUAUGUGAUUGAUGACGUACGACCGACGCUGGGCUACUCCUCGGCGAUUCCACAAGUGCAACAG